UCCCCCAGCUCGAUUUCUCCAAGAACUUACUUUGGUUUGUGGCCAGUGACGGGUAGUCGAGAGGGUGGGCCCCGGGCUAAGACCCCCUCCUUUUCCCGUCCCUGAGCGGGAAGUAUCCGGACACUGCCGGCUGUGCAGCGGGCCUUCUUGCCGGUUCCGAGGCGGUCUUUCCGUGAUCAAGAGUCAUCGUUGUACGAGUGGAGGAGCUUCGUAAUAGAAGAUGGGCCAAGUGAACAGUACAGCCUCUUCAGUAUGCUUAAAGUGAACAUCACUUGAGAAUGCCAGGUCUAAGUUGUAGAUUUUAUCAACACAAAUUUCCUGAGGUGGAAGAUGUAGUGAUGGUAAAUGUAAGAUCCAUUGCUGAAAUGGGGGCUUAUGUCAGCUUGCUGGAAUACAACAACAUUGAAGGCAUGAUUCUUCUUAGUGAGUUGUCCAGAAGGCGUAUCCGUUCUAUAAACAAACUCAUCCGAAUUGGCAGGAAUGAAUGUGUGGUUGUCAUUAGAGUGGACAAAGAAAAAGGAUAUAUUGAUUUGUCAAAAAGAAGAGUUUCUCCAGAGGAAGCAAUCAAAUGUGAAGACAAAUUCACCAAAUCCAAAACUGUUUACAGCAUUCUUCGUCAUGUGGCUGAAGUGUUAGAAUAUACCAAGGAUGAGCAGCUGGAGAGCCUGUUCCAGAGGACUGCCUGGGUGUUUGAUGAUAAGUACCGGAGACCUGGAUAUGGUGCCUAUGAUGCGUUUAAGCAUGCAGUCUCAGACCCAUCUAUUUUGGAUAGUUUAGAUUUGAAUGAAAAUGAACGGCGAGUACUCAUUGACAAUAUUAAUAGGCGUUUGACCCCACAGGCUGUUAAAAUUCGAGCAGAUAUUGAAGUGGCUUGUUAUGGUUAUGAAGGCAUUGAUGCCGUAAAAGAAGCCCUGAGAGCAGGUUUGAAUUGUUCCACAGAAACCAUGCCCAUCAAGAUUAAUCUAAUAGCUCCUCCUCGGUAUGUGAUGACUACAACCACCUUAGAAAGAACAGAGGGCCUCUCUGUCCUCAACCAAGCUAUGGCUGUUAUCAAAGAAAAGAUUGAAGAAAAGAGAGGUGUCUUCAAUGUUCAAAUGGAGCCCAAAGUGGUCACAGAUACAGAUGAGACUGAGCUUGCGAGGCAGCUGGAGAGGCUUGAGAGAGAAAAUGCAGAAGUGGAUGGAGAUGAUGAUGCAGAAGAAAUGGAAGCCAAAGCUGAAGAUUAACUGUGGGAAACCAAGUCCAAUUUAAGGAACACAAAGCAGCCCUUCCUGGCUGGACUGCAUAAACCCUAGACUUGAAAGUUUUCCAGUAUUGAAAACUUUAAAGCUGAAUAUUUUUUAUUUCCAAGUAUUUAAAUGUUCCAACAGACCAGAACGUGAAAUGCCCUCCUAAAUGUCAGCUGUUUUCACACAGUAGCUCCAGCACAUCGAGCAUUUUUUUAAGGGAGUGGCCUCAUUUCACUAAAGACUAAAAUCUUUAAGCUAAGAACAGUCAUAAAAUUGGGCCUGUGAUUUCCUUCUCUGAUGUCUCCAGAUUGGCACUCCUCUGUAGUUCAGUACCUCCAUGAGAUUUACCAAGGGCACUCAAAGCAAACAGUCCCAGUCUUUCUAUAAAAUGUAUUCAAGCAAACAUUAAAUAAAUUUUUGGGAUAUUUAACUAUAGGCUUCUUCCUUCUUGUCACUAGUUAAAAGCAUUCUGAAUACUAAGACCUUAAUUCUACUCAUUUUAGUCUUGAUGUAGAAACAUAAGGGCAGAUGAACAGCUAGCAUUUUAUAUGCCUUCGGAACAUCUUACAAUUAGGGAUUAAUUCUGGAAUUAAAAAAAAAAGUAUCUGCUAGAAAGGAUAUAUGUAGCAGAUCCUUUCAAAAGGAGAUUUUAGAGAAAAUUUUAACAGCAGUGAAAGCUGACCGUUACAGGGAAAAAUUGUUAAAAUGCAAUUACAGAAUUACAUAGGUUGUGUGCCUUUUACCUAUUUGAGACCAAUGACAACAUGUGGUAGAGGGAGAAUUUAUCAUAGUGGUUCUUGUCGGUAUACUUAAGCUGCUUGUACUACAAGGUGGUAAAGUAUGUUUAAAAGGAGCUAGAGAGAGAUGCUGCUGCUUUGAUUUAGUUAUUUUGAGUCUCAUCACCCGGCUUUUGAUUUUUUCCCCACUAAAAUAUCCAGUAGAUGCCACCUGGAGCUUCAGCCCUCUUUAUAACAAAACAGGCAUCUGCUCGAACACAGCUGCAGUUUUUCUACAGGUUUUUAUCUUUAAGAGCUCAUUAUUUUAAAGGUGUAUGUAUAAAAUAAGUUUUACAGAUAACACAUUGUUUGAAGUUAUAACUAUGGUAGUCAGAAUGGAGGAAAUCUUGAGUUACUUGGGUCUUGUCUUCAUUCAUAUAAUGAGGUGUACCAGAUAUAUUUAAUUUUAUUAGUUAUCCCUUGGAAUAGCUGUUUACAUACCUAGAAGAUUAAACCUAACCUGCCCUAGUAAAUCCAGAACUAGGCUUAAUGUUAAAGGGACUGGAAAAUAUAAGAAGAGUGUGUAAGGACGACAGUUUGUGGCAUUUGUGAAGGUUUGUCCCUUUCUUUAAUUUAGCAGCCUAUAGCAGCAUCCAGAAGUCUGACUUCAGAUGGCUUAUUUCCAAGGGUGAGCCAUGAUUGCUAGCUAGCAUGCCACAUUGGGGAUUUAGAGGAGCAUUUGGAUGUAAUCAAGAUGUUUAUCUUGGCACGUAAUUUUCACUCUGUCUUCCUGAAGCAUCAAAAAACAAGUUCAUAAAGGUCAAAAGUGUUACCUAAAUGUAACAGGUGCCCCUUAAAUGUUUGCUACAGGCAGCAGAAUUGUUUUUAUACUCCAGAAGCCAUGACUGUUGGGAAUACUGGUGGCCUCCAUGGUGAAUGAUUUUAUACAAGCCUUUUGCUCAGUUCCAUAAAAAUUUUGCACAUUUUUUAUCCAGGGAAAGAUCAGUACCUCACUGAUUCCAUGAAAGAACAAACUAAAGUAUGCAUACACCCUGCUGACCUAAAAAUCUCUCUCUCAAACAUGAGGAUAACUUGAGGAAAGAAGACAGAUAAAGAAAAUUGAAUAGCUUACCCAAAUUUUGGAUCUCUCCCCCAAAAGCCUUUUCAUUAAAAAUGCUGACAGUUUCAUCUACUCCCCACUCUGCUCUUCAUAUAGAGGUCAAAUGGUUAUCAACUUAAAACUGAAAAUUUGCUAUAGUUUGGGUUUUGUUUAUGCAUAAAUAAUUGAAAAUCAAAAAUGGCCAAGAGAAGAUUGGAACAUUUAAACCAUUGUUCAUACCAGUUUUAUAGCAAAAUAAGGCAAACAGUGGGAGCUGUCAGAGACAGGCAUUGCAUUGUGCCAAGCAGUACAGUUACACAACUCAGUUGUACUCCCAAGCAUUCUUGACCUGGCUACUUUUAUACCAAAAAUAAUUUAGGGGUUUUUAAAAAUUCAAGUGCCACUGUCUUAAGACAUGUUCACUAAUUUGUCUCAAGAUGAGUGUCUUCAGCACGUGAAGAUCCUGAUAACCUCCUAUGCAAAGUGGGGCACAGUUGUGCCAACGUGAAGGCAGGAAGCCAUCAAACCAAAUGUAGUUUUUUAAUUCAGAUAAACACCUGUUGAUAUUCAAAAAGCAAUAAAACUAAUUCCAGGGGCAUUAGACCUUGGUAAAGUGCCAAAUGGAAAAUGGUGCUUUAAAAAGGCGAGGUCUCUUAAACUUACAAUGUAAGGAAUAAAGUAAAACCUCAUUAGCUUGGAAUUCCUGAUCAUUCAAGUCAGGUAUUCUAAACAAUAUUAAAAGGAGAAAGUUCAAGCUAUUUAAGAAGACAAACUUUUAUUUGAGCACUUUAGAAGUAUCAACUCCCCUUAAAUGUAAGUUACAUAUCUAGUCUUUUCAGUAAAGCAAGUCUGAGCACUUGUACCUGACGAGAAUGCUGGCAAUAGUUUGUGCCAGAUUACUGUAUAAAAUUGAAAGUAAUAAAAAUGUUCUUUAAAAAUACUGUAUGAUACAGACUUUUCACUACUUCAGAUUAACCUCCCAACGGGUGAAAUUUCUUGGUACCUGUUUUCUCAGUUAAUGUUCAUUUUAAAACCAAAAUUUCCUACCUUGAUUUAAUUCCUUCCCAUUUACAUCCUUCUCUGUCCCUUCAUCUAA